UUUUGGUCCCACCUAAAACGGACAGAGCAGCUUCACUUUGGGCCGCCGGAGAUGGAAGAAACCCGAGUCGACGGCGAUUAUUUCAGCCUCCAAAACCUUCUAAAUCCCUCCGAGAAACAUCGACUGGUGACACUCGACGCCAUGUCUUCUUUUUAAAACAGUUUCGAUAUAAAAAGGAGAAAAAGCCUGGGGUGUUUUUUUUUUUGUGAAGUGGCGACCGACAGUUUAGUUAGCUUCACUGACUCAAACACACAAACGGACAAACGGACAGACGGACACUGAUUUGAGUUUGUACGCGCCAUGUAAAUAAGAUUAUUAUAGUGACGGUUUAUUUUUAUUUUUUAUUUGCAGUCCUUUACAGUUUUAGGUGCUCGGCUGUACUAACACGUCCGGUUUGAAAAAUUGUCACGAUCCAUGCUGAGACUGUUUCCCCCCGGAGAGCAGAGCUGCAAAGCAAAGCAAUAAUCUUUCAGUUAUUUUGGAUUGGAAUUUUUUUGGGACACUAAACGUUGCCAGUUGGAAUAUAAAGAUGUCAACAAAAACUCCUUUGCCUACAGUCAACGAGAAGGUGACGGAAAGUCACACGUCUCACAGUAAUGGCCGUCAGGAGAUCAGCUCUCGCUCGGCCCGGAGCGGCGUUCGAUCCCGUGGCUCUGAGGAACCGCAGCAGCCGCACGUCGGAAACUACCGGCUGCUCAAAACCAUUGGCAAGGGGAACUUCGCCAAGGUCAAACUGGCCCGACACAUCCUCACCGGCAGAGAGGUGGCAAUUAAGAUAAUAGACAAGACACAGCUGAACCCAAACAGCCUUCAAAAGCUCUUCAGAGAAGUUAGAAUAAUGAAGAUUUUGAAUCAUCCCAAUAUAGUCAAGCUGUUUGAAGUGAUCGAGACGGAGAGGACGCUCUACCUGGUGAUGGAGUACGCCAGCGGAGGAGAGGUGUUUGACUACCUGGUUGCACAUGGACGAAUGAAGGAAAAAGAGGCCAGGGCUAAAUUUAGACAGAUCGUAUCGGCGGUGCAGUACUGCCACCAGAAGCACAUUGUUCACAGAGACCUCAAGGCGGAGAACCUGCUCCUCGACGCAGACAUGAACAUCAAGAUCGCAGAUUUCGGAUUCAGCAACGAGUUCACGAUGGGCAACAAGCUGGACACGUUCUGCGGCUCCCCGCCGUACGCAGCGCCGGAGCUUUUCCAGGGAAAGAAGUACGACGGGCCGGAGGUGGACGUCUGGAGUCUGGGGGUCAUCCUGUACACGCUGGUCAGCGGGUCGCUGCCCUUCGACGGACAGAACCUCAAGGAGCUGCGUGAGCGAGUGCUGCGAGGGAAGUACCGCAUCCCGUUCUACAUGUCCACGGACUGCGAGAACCUCCUCAAGCGCUUCCUGGUUCUCAACCCGACCAAGCGGGGGACUCUCGAGGUGAGGGAGGACGCAGAAAAUCAAAUCAUGAAGGAUCGAUGGAUCAAUGCAGGAUUUGAAGAGGAUGAGCUCAAGCCUUACACCGAACCAGAGCUGGACAUCACGGAUCAGAAGAGAAUAGAUGUGAUGGUGGGGAUGGGCUACAACCUGGAGGAGAUCCAGGAGUCUCUGGCUAAGAUGAAGUACGACGAGAUCACAGCCACCUACCUGCUGCUGGGCAGGAAGGCCUCCGAGAUGGAGCCCAGUGAGUCGGCCUCCAGCAGUAACAUCUCUCUGGCCAAACCGAGGCCCAACAGCGAGCUCAACGGACAGUCGCCCUCACACCUCAAAGUCCAGAGGAGCGUCUCCUCCUCCAACCACAAGCAGAGACGUUACAGCGAACAAGUCGGUCAGAACGUUCCCCCAGGGAUGUCUCACCCGAAGAGGAGUCAGACCACCACGGCGGAGAACAGCGUCAAGGAGGAAGGAGGCGUCCAGCUGCGUAAACCCAGCACCCCGGGGAGCCGCGGAGCGCCGCCCGCCAGCCCCCUGCUGGGCAACGCCAACAACCCCAACAAGGCCGACAUCCCCGACCGCAGGAAAGGCGUCACCACCGGCCCCAGCAAUAACACUGCGUCGGCAGGAAUGACCCGGAGGAACACGUACGUCUGCAGCGACAGAAACAACGCUGACCGCCUCUCAGUCAUCCCCAACGGGAAGGAGAACAGCAGUGUUGCAGCCUCCCCCGGCGGCCAGAGGAACCCGGUGGCGUCGAUCAACAGCAUCGCCAACGCCACCACCCCCGACCGCCUGCGUUUCCCGCGAGGAACGGCCAGCCGGAGCACCUUCCACGGCGGCCAGCUGAGAGACCGCCGCACGGCCACCUACAACGGCCCCCCCGCCUCACCCACUCUCUCCCACGACGCCACCCCGCUCUCCCAGACCCGCAGCCGUGGAACCAGCAACCUGUUCUCCAAACUCACCUCCAAACUCACCCGCAGAAACAUGUCAUUCAGAUUUACCAAAAGAGUCUCAACCGAGUUUGAGAGAAACGGGAGACUUGAGGGCUCAAGUCGCCAUGUACCUGGGGAUCAGAAAGGGGAAAAUAAAGACAGUAAACCCCGCUCCCUCAGAUUCACUUGGAGUAUGAGGACCACCAGCUCCAUGGAGCCUUGUGAUAUCAUGCGGGAGAUUCGCAAGGUGCUCGACGCCAACAACUGCGACUUCGAACAGCAAGAGAGUUUCCUGCUUCUCUGCGUGCACGGGGACGGGCACGCAGAAAACCUGGUGCAGUGGGAGAUGGAGGUGUGCAAGCUGCCGCGACUCUCGCUCAACGGCGUGCGCUUCAAACGGAUAUCCGGAUCAUCCAUCGCUUUCAAAAACAUUGCUUCCAAAGUGUCCAACGAGUUAAAGCUAUGAACAAAAGGGUUUAAAAAAAGUAUACAUAUAUAUAUCUAGAAGUAUUUAAGCUGUACAAUCAUCCAAGUAGCAGUUUCCAAAUGUCUCCUUUUUUUAAAAACAAAAUACAGAGUAUGUAUUGAAUAUUAUAAUGUAUAGAUUAAGGCUUUUGGCAAUAAUCACUGAUACUAAUAUCUCAGUCUGUUCUGGCCACACCGGGUCGACAUUAACGAGUUGAAUAUGAUUUGUCAUGCUGUGAAUGUGGACAAAAAAAGAAAACAUUUCUAGUCUUUAUUUAUUUCAUCUUUUUUGUUUUUUUUCCUGGAUAAAAAUAAGAAAAAAAUUACGUAGCGUUGUUUUUUUUUGUUUUCAGUGUAAAUAAUGUAUCUUUUCUUUCAAGACGGCUUCACUGCAAUACUCAUUUUGUUUUUCUUUUGUAUUUCGUUUAAAAAGUAGAGAUGGGGUAAGUCCGUGUAAAUGCUCACAUGGUUUAAGGGUCACUCAUGUCUCAAUUAAAAGUGUCUGUCAACUUGAA